CUUGCUUGUUCCCAAGUAUGUGGAUCGAGAGCAUACGUCCCAGUCAAGAACGUGAGAGAUCGGCCAGCACGGGCAAAGCUACACGACAAAGCGCUCAUGGGAUGGCUGAUAGGGACUGAAGGGACAAACAUCUACAAGGUCUGGAUACCAGCGUCCAACCGAGUCAUCACAUCGAGAGACGUA